CAUGGUGCAUAGGCAGGUGCGGGUUUGAGUUCACGCUUUAUUCGCUCGGUUUUCUGCUCCACAGACACACCAUGAACCACGCAGUGUUUGCGGAUUGUCUGUGGUUAUCAGUGAUUUAACUUUUUUUUUUUUGGUCAGUCUGGAAAUUUCUUGGUUUCAGCAGUCCGGUUCUUUAGGCGCUUUAGCUUAGCUUUAUCGCUGCAUCCCUUUUCUACCGGCCCAAAAAACCCACCAAAAACCAGGCCACAGCGAUGCGGACUUUACUAAAGCCUUGAUUUCUGAGGGGAGAAAAAAGAAAUUCGCUUUAGUGACUGGAAGGAGUUUUAUAUAUUUUAUGGAACUAACGGAUAGCUAGCUAGUCGCCGCUUCUCUAAGCAAAGGAAAAAAAAACCAUGCUGAAUUCGAGGCGGCUGUUGCGGCUCUCUAACCGCUCCUUCUUGGCCUUCUUUUUUUUCUUCUCCAUGUCUACGACCUGCCUCUACUUCAUUUAUGUGGCCCCUGGAAUAGCCAACACAUACUACUUCAUGGUGCAAGCUCGGGGUAUAAUGUUGCGUGAUAACGUGCGGACAAUUGGCCAGAUACUCAGAUCAUACACCAAUAAGAACAGCACUCUGAAUGGCACAGAUUAUCCAGAUGGGAACAACUCCAGCGAAUAUUUUGCUCAACCGACUACAUACCUUCCAGAGAACUUCACCUAUGCCCAGAACCUGCCCUGCCCUGGACGCUUACCUUCUAUGAAGGGUCCUAUGGAAGUAAAUAUGACCGAGGUUCCUAUAGACAAGGUGGAACUGCAGCUUAGACAGCAGGGCAUUCAGUUUGGGGGACACUGGAAGCCCAAGGACUGCAAACCUCGCUGGAAGGUGGCUAUUCUCAUCCCUUUUAGGAAUCGUCAUGAACAUCUUCCCAUUCUGUUUCAGCACCUUGCUCCUAUGCUCCAGCGGCAACGCUUACAAUUUGCAUUUUAUGUAAUUGAGCAGGCAGGUACACAGCCUUUUAAUAGAGCCAUGCUGUUUAAUGUGGGCUUCAAGGAGGCAAUGAAAGACCUGAAUUGGGACUGUGUGGUUUUUCACGAUGUCGAUCAUAUCCCUGAAAAUGACCGGAAUUAUUACGGCUGCGGUCAGAUGCCUCGUCACUUCGCCUCAAAGCUCGAUAAGUACAUGUACAUUCUGCCCUACAAUGAGUUCUUUGGAGGAGUGAGCGGACUUACAGUAGAGCAGUUCCGCAAGAUCAAUGGUUUUCCCAAUGCAUUCUGGGGCUGGGGAGGGGAGGACGACGACCUCUGGAACAGGGUUCACUUUGUUGGCUUGAAUGUGACCAGACCCGAAGGAGAUAUUGGCAAAUACAAAUCAAUUCCCCAUCACCACCGAGGAGAAGUGCAGUUCCUAGGAAGGUACAAGUUGCUAAGGUAUUCUAAAGAACGGCAAUAUUUGGAUGGCCUAAAUAAUCUUCAGUAUUCUCCGGAAAUAUCUUUAAGUAGUCUGUACAAGAACAUCACUGUUAACCUGAGCCCUGAGCUUGCCCCAAUAUCGGAGUACUGACACCCGUCUCUCCAUCCACUCCACCUGGCCAUUAGUACCUGAAGACAACCGACCCAGAAUCAUGAAGUGUGUGGCCUGAACAUCACAUACGGCCGCCAAGUAACCUUAAAACCAAGAGACAAAAGGAUAAAGGCCUGAAUACUAAAAUGAUUGUAUGUGAAGUCUUACAUAUGUUUUUUUUUUUCCCUUUUUUUUUUUUUCUUUUUUGCGCGCGAGUGUGUGCGUCCCAAUGCAUGUCUCUGUUUAUGCGGCUUUGGCUACUUAAAUCAUAUCAAGCUACGAAAAAAAAGGAUGAAAAAGAACUUGGGGCGUGUCCGUGUCAACAAUUCAGAUGUUUACUGCGAAGCCUUAACUGAUUUUCAUAGGCUGUUAUCACUCUGAGUGUCAGUUUUCAUCCAUGCCAACAAUGUAGACCGCUCAGUUUUACAACUCAACAGCAACCUAAAUGCCAAUAGAUAUUUUAAGGCACGUUUUGUAUCAUGUUAGUAGUAUUUUAAGGCAUAUGAUAAUUUAUGUAUGUACUGUAAAUGGUCGUUUUUUUUGGCCUUCAUUAAUUUAUUGUUUUUUUAGUUUCUUGAGAUGUACUUUCGAGCACUCCAGUGGCGUGCGUGUAAUGUGAGCGUCACGCUUUCUUUUGCGGGCUGUGAGUGCACGAAGGCUCACGACUGCUCACUCGAUCCUGUAAUGUCAUGAAUCAUUCCAGUGCACAUACUCUUACUUUUGGCAGCUAACUGUCUUUUUUUUUUCUUUAACCCCCUACCCACACCUUACACAAAUGGAAGCUUCAGUUUGGGGACUAAAGACAAAUGAAACUGGGAUGUGUGGUCUCUUAAGCAAAACACCAAUAUCAGCAGCAUGCCUUACUUUUAAAAAAUUUUUUUAGUUGUAUAUCAUAUAAUAUUUUUUUUUUCUUUUGUGCACUGUAACAAUGAAAGUGAAGAAGAGAUAUCAGGUGAGGGGAAAUGUUAUUGCUGUCAUUCACUCGAAGAAUUGCUGAGCAGUCAGGUACACAGCUGCUAAAUGAUAAAAUGCUAUAGUAAUUGUGUGUGUGUGUGUGUGUGUGUGUGUGAGCGAGCGAGCGAGUGAGAUCCUCCAGCUGUGUAUAUGAAAUCCCUUGUGAUGUUGCACUCUAGUCAUAAAAUAAGUUGGGCCUGGAUGAGAGAGUGAUGUGUUACUCUUGAAUGGCAUCAGAGUAGAAUUUGGGCAAUGAAGACUUUAUGCUGUUAAAGUUUUGAGCUGUUGGUGGGUUGUGCUUUUUUUUUUUUUUUUCUUUGUCUUUUUUUGUACAUGUUGAUUGCCUUUGUAUAUACAGCCUCAUGUUUCAUAAUUUGGUUUAUUUUUUUAAGUGUGUGUGUGGGGGGGAUUUGCGCCAUCUUGUUAAUUUAUAUCUGUCCUAAAUAGAGAAGUAUUUGGUAUUAUUACACUGUGUGCGCGCGCUUGGAGAAGCACGUAUCCCCUUUCACUGCAGUCCGAGCGUAUCAGCUGCGCCACACGCAGCACUAGCUUUUCUUUCCCUUGUAGUACUGACAUGCUCGUAGCACUAAUCCUAAGGUGUUCUCUAAUCCCGAAGCUCACUGAUGCUUGGGGUAAUUCCUUUUCUUUCACAGCUUGCACAGGGUCAUGUUCUGUGCUUCAUCCUGUCUGAGCUGUUGCCUUUUCAAGGUGCUCUUAUGUGGGCUGUCCUUGUUGUGCUGUUCAAGCAAAGGCCUUUUUUUUUUUUUUCUUCGUGCUUUCUCCUCUAAGGCCAAGCUGAGCCAUUGCUCUCUAAAGAUAUGUAUGUGGCCUGAAGCAUUCUUGUACUCUGUACACCCAAGUUACUUGUUUACAGAUUUCUUCUUUUCUUCAACUUGCAGACUGAAGUCUGUUUGAUCAGGCCUAGUUGCUAUGGUUAGAGUUUAUAUGAAUACACUUUUGACCAAUGGGCUAAGGAAUCUGAAAGCGUACGUAGGAAACAGGGUUGAAGAAGCGAAUGUUAAUAUUACAGUGAAGGAGAUUAGAGGUGCCAAAGUCCCAUUGCGCCCCUGUGUGAAAACUUUUCCUUCCUGUUAUUAUUUUUAAUCCAAACCUUCACUCUCAUUGCUUCUAAAGCUUUGUACUUUCACCAGUGUUGAGGUCUUAAAAUUAAGGUUGAUUUGUUACCUUAGGGGUUUCUGUCUGAGAGUGAUAUUAGCUUUUAAAAAAGGAUUAGUUUGAUCCAAGGGGGAAAAUAUAUACAUAACGUACUGAACAUCAAACACUGCACUUAAUCUGACACAAAUGCAUCAAAUUGAGCCUGUAUUCAUUUUAAUUAAUAAACCCACAACCCCUUAAGCUGUUUCGUUGGAGAACUGAGAUUUUCAUUCAGUGUUAUGGAAGAAAUUAGCAUCAAGGAAAAUGCAUUGAUAUUGCAGUAUGUUAUAAGUGACUAUCUGGCAAGGAGGCAGCAUUCUGUGGUGGAUGCUGGUCAGACAAUGGGCAGCAUUUCAUUUAAAUACAGAUCUUGCAUUCUCACGCUGUAACCCAGUGUGUACAUCACUUGCACAUGGUCUGAAUGAUUAUCUAUUCAUCUUCAAUCCUUUCAUGCAUAAAUGUAGUGAACUUUGACCGAAAAAAAGAAAACACAACUGAAAGUUACAAACUAUAUUAAAGUAUCUUUACCAAGGUGCUUGCAAUGUGCAAAUUGUGAAAUCUUGUUAUUAAGCUACUAGUAACCUUUUUGAAAUUCAUCACAAGCAACUUAUGGCAUUUAGUGUGUUUAAAAAAAUAAGGUUUGCCAACUCGGGAGGUGUUUUAAGCCUUCUGUCUUAACUCUGUAUUCCUAAUUUGGCUUCUGCUCGGAGUGUGCUGUCAAAUUUUUUUGAACCUGUGAUUUUUUUUUUUUAAGUAAGUUACCAUAAUAAGGUGGCCUGUAGGUUUAAAUCAGUCUCAUCUCAAAAAGAUUUUAUUUAAAAAAUAUAUAUAUAUCUAUAUUGUUGCAACCCAUCCCUUGUCCAUCUGUGUCUUUUGAAAUGAUUGAAAAAUACAGAUUUUGAAAAAUGUAUUCAUUACAAAUUUGUUACAGAGUGUUAUGUUUUUUGCCGUAUUCAUAUUUGUGCCUUGAGUUCCUUUCUUUACACAUUUGCAUUCACGAUUGACAGUUGCAGUGAGGUGACUGUUUUGGUGUUUCAAAAAUGAAAAUAAUGGAGAGUGCACAUUUUUAUUUUUCACAAGUAUUUAAUUUAAAUCUGGAUUGAAAUGUGUAGUCUUCUAAAACAUUUAAAGCUAAUGAAUUGAAGCAGAAAACCAGGGGGACACUCUCUCCUUUGUGUCUCGUACUGUUUUUCCAGGGUCCAUGGUUUCUGCAACUCUGUUUGGAAAUGAGAUGUGAGGUAGCGAUUGCUUUGGCUGAUGUGUAAAAUCUUGAUCUUUUCCCCCCUCUUUCUUUCAUUUUUCUGGGCUCUUCACGGUGUUACCGGUUUGCUCACUGCAUUACACUCUGUAAUGACCAUUAAAAGAGUUUAUAGUUGAAAA